AUGUGGGUGCGGUCCUUGCUGCUCUGUGGAGUGUCUUUCUCGUUUCUACUUUCUGUGGCAGCAGGUACCUGCAAGGAUGCUGAUAUGCACCAUGAGAUCAUUUCAGAGGGCCGGCCUUUUGCUUUCAAUUGCUCAUACCCUCCAGUAACAAAUGGGGCAGUCAAUCUGACAUGGCACAGAACACCCAACCAGAGCCCCGUAUCCAACAACAGACAGCUCAGAAAUCACCAGGACCAGACCUGGAUUUUGUUUCUUCCUUUGGAAGAGGGGGACUCGGGCAUCUACCAGUGUGUUAUAAGGGACGCCCACAGCUGUUACCGAGUAGCUGUAAACCUAACGGUUGUUAGAAAACAUUGGUGUGAUUCUUCCACGGAGGGCCCCAGAAAUCUGUCUUUGUCGGAUGAGUAUCAACAAACUCUACCCAUGGGAAAGUCGGGCAGUCUGGCAUGUCAUCUCUACUUCCCAGACAGUUGUGUUCUGGAUUUGAUAAAGUGGUAUAAGGGAUGUGAAGAGCUCAAAGCAGGGAAGCAGUAUGCUUUUUCAGGAACAAAGCUUCUUGUGAACAAUGUCGCUGCAGAGGACGGUGGGAGUUAUGCCUGCACAGCCAGACUCACGCACUUGGGGAGAGAGUUCACGGUUAGAAACUACAUUGCUGUGAGCAUCAAGGAAGUUGUGUCUGGAAGAAGGAUUCCUAAUAUCAUGUAUCCAAAAAACAACUCCAUCGAAGUUCAGCUUGGUUCCACCCUUAUUGUGGACUGCAAUAUAACAGACACAAAGGAGAAUACAAACCUGCGGUGCUGGAGAAUCAACGAAACUCUGGUGGACGACUACUACAAUGACUCCAAGCGCAUCCGGGAAGGAAUUGAAACCAACGUUUCCUUGAAAGAUCACAUUUUUUAUACAGUGAACAUCACAUUCUUAGAGGUGAAAAUGGAAGACUAUGGCCUUCCUUUCAUGUGCCACGCUGGAGUGUCCACAGCCUACAUCAUGUUGAAGCAACCAGCUCCAGAUUUCCGGGCUCACCUCAUAGGAGGGCUUGUGGUUUCCCUGCUUUUGCUUGUGUCCCUCCUGUUCGUCUACAACAGUUUUAAGAUUGACAUUAAGCUUUGGUAUAGAAGCACCUUCUAUGCUGCCCAGGCGCCAGAUGACGAGAAGAUGUAUGAUGCCUAUGUCUUAUACCCCAAGUGCCCGAGAGAAAGCCAGCACCACAGCGUGGACACAAUGGCGCUGAAGAUCCUGCCCGAGGUGCUGGAGAAGCAGUGUGGAUACAAGUUGUUUAUAUUUGGCAGGGAUGAAUUCCCUGGACAAGCUGUGGCCAAUGUCAUUGAUGAAAACAUUAAGCUGUGCAGGAGGCUGAUUGUCCUUGUGGUACCAGAAUCAUCCAGCUUUGGCUUUCUAACACACAUGUCGGAAGAGCAGAUCGCUGUCUACAACGCCCUCAUCCAGGACGGCAUGAAGGUCAUUCUGAUUGAACUGGAGAAAGUCAAGGACUAUAGCAGCAUGCCCGAGUCCAUUCAAUACAUCCGCCAGAAGCACGGGGCCAUCCAGUGGUACGGGGACUUUACAGAGACGUCGCAGUGUGCCAAAACCAAGUUCUGGAAGAAAGUAAGAUACCAAAUGCCACCUAGAAGGUAUCCACCAGCUCCCGCAGUCCAGCUCCUGAGGCACACACCCUGCGACCACACAUCAGGCAAAUGGGAUGCUGUCACAGGGCUCAUAACUCCCUGA